AUGGCAAGCGCAUUUGGUUCGGCUGACGAUGAUGUACCUUUAUUACGAGAAAAUAGUGAUGAUGAUGUUGAGAAUAUAUCGGAUAAAGAUAAAGAUUAUCAAGGACGAUUCAAAUUAACAUUAAUUUCGAACGUAAACAAGCAUGGAUCAUUAUUAAGUGAUAAUUCACCAACAAUAAAUUAUCCUGCAGAUAGUCUGUUCGCCAUCUUUAUUGUUGGUUUCGAUGUUGGCCAUGGAAAUAUAAUUGAAUGGCAAAUGCCCGAAAUAUUUCCAUUGAAAGAUGUCGAAUUCAAGGCGCUUCCUAGCGGUUCUCAUAACCUGAUACAAGAUUGUGUAUAUUUUCGUCAUAAAAGUUUAUAUGGCUUAUCUUGCAUUGAAAACAUUCGAGAUUCAACCGAAACAAACGAACGUGGAAUGCGUAUCAAAUCCGUUGGAAUUCUUUCCAAUUCAUACAUUGGAAAUCAAUAUCAUUUAAAUUUCUUACAAACUCAAGUAAGUCAUCAUGUCCAUCAUCCAGGCAAUUAUGAAGCAUUAUUAGAAUUUUUUCACGACAAACAAUCAUCAAUAAAUGGCUUACAAGAACCUGAUUUAACUUCGCUCUAUUUUACCCAGCCUGAAGGAGAUUUUGUAUCAUUCGUUGAAGAAUUUGGACCAAAAAUAUUUCCACUUUGGAGAAUUAUUUUGUUAAAUAAACGUAUUCUAUUUUAUUCAAGUAAAGAACUUAGCACACUUUGUUAUAAAGUUUAUUUUAGUUGUUUACUCAGUUAUUGUUUGUUUGAUUUCUGUUUGAAUGAUCAAAAGAUGAAAACAUUAUUCUAUGUCAACGUGAAAGAUACGGAAAUAUUAAAAAAUGAACAUCAGUAUAUCGCAUGUACAACAGAAAAAGUAUUACAAAACAAAAUAAAUUUAUUCGAUGUUUUUAUUGAUGUUGAUAGUAACAAUUUAUUCUAUAUACACAACAACAAUUUAACAAAUAUUGUAAAAGUAACAAGCAGUGAUCAAGAGAAAUACAAAGACUUAUUCGCAGAAAGAUUGAGAUAUUUCAUCGAUUUUAGUAGUAAGUUAUUUGGCAUGCUCAGUAAUCUAUCGAAAUCUUACAGUAAACAAGUAACUCGUAAAGAUAUCCAUUCAAUUGGAUUGCGCGCAAAAGACGAUAAAUUAUUUUUAUUAGAAGUGAUCGAAACAUAUGGUUUUAAUCUUGUAAUAGUUGUGAAUAAUCCAUGUUGUCCGUUUAUAUGA